CAGAGUCUCGAGCCGCCGCCGCGAGAGCAUCCUCCGCCGAGAGCCGCCCGCCUCGCCGCCGCCGCCUCCCUCCGCGCCCGGCCGCCGCCUCCGCCGCCCGCCUCGUCGCCGCCGCCUCCGCCGAGGGAAGGGAAGCGUAUCGUAUGUCCGCUAUCCAGAACCUCCAACCCUUCGACCCCUUUGCUGAUGCAAGUAAGGGUGAUGACCUGCUUCCUGCCGGCACUGAGGACUACAUCCAUAUAAGGAUCCAGCAGAGGAACGGCAGGAAGACCCUCACCACUGUCCAGGGCAUUGCGGAUGACUACGAUAAAAAGAAACUGGUGAAGGCCUUUAAAAAGAAAUUUGCCUGCAAUGGUACUGUAAUUGAACACCCUGAAUAUGGAGAAGUGAUUCAACUGCAGGGCGAUCAGCGCAAGAACAUAUGCCAGUUCCUUGUAGAGAUUGGACUGGCUAAAGACGACCAGCUGAAAGUCCAUGGGUUUUAAGUGCCUGUGGGUCACUGAAGCUUUAUGCGAGAAGACUUCCUUACCAUGAAAAUCCCAUCUGUCCCUUGUCAUAAGUUUAAAACCAGCCGGUUUGUGUAAUGUAACAACCUUGGGUCCACUGUUCAGUCUGGACUAGUGUAAUUCAGUGAUGUAAUAAACUGACAAGAGCCCAUGCUAUCUCGUCUUGCUGUCCCUCAUUUAACAGAGGUAAAUCAGGCAUUUAGCAUUAUCCAGCCUGAAGUUAAAAAUAACCAGAUGUUUCAAGUUAAGUCAAGGGCCUCAACAUGUCAGUCCAGAAACUGCCUGAAUCUCUCCUCAGUCCAGCUUCCUUUCCCUUUCAAUGGGCAGUAAUACUUAAGGUGCCUGCUGCAGUCCUACAUGGAAUAAGGCACCAGAUGUGAGCUGUGACAUGGAAUGGGGAGAUAGUACCUUCCCUCUAGGCAGUAUUUGCUCCUGGUGGCAGAAGGAUUUGGGGAAACUCGGAUCUUGAACAAGAAGAGUAACUGAAGAGUGACUUCCAAGGCCGGAUGUCUGGAACUCAGGCCUGGCCAGGCACUGGUAUCAUAAGCCCAAAGAUCCUGGGGUAGCAUACUUGAACCAUUUACCUUGGGUUAAACUUUUGACAAGGGAUCAAUUUUGGACUAAUGUAACAAGUAUCAUUGUAGAUAGAGCUGCAGAGCUUACAUGUUACUACCAACUGCUGCCUAAUGCCCUGUGAAGUAACAGAUUUUUGGUUUCAUUUUUAAUGUUUUAUGUAAUGUAUUUAAAGUCUUAUUUAAAUAAAAAUGAUUUUCAAAAGCA